GGGGGUGGGUAGAGGAAUCUCCCCGAGGAAAGGGCCCCCUCUCGAGCUGCUCAGUCUCCGGAAACCUGGGCGCGAAGAGCCUGGGAAGCGCUGCAACCUCUGGCGCGCGGCCUCCCCCGCACAGCCCGCUCGGGCCCGGGGAGGGGCCGCUCUCGAAUUACAACAAAAGGGGCCGGAGGCCGGGCCUGCCGCGGUGGCCACCUCCCGGGAAGGGGGUGGGUUCGGGGAGGGGUUUGCCUUCCCGACUCGCGUUAAAAGUACCGGGAAAAGCGUAAAGGAGCGACUCCGGCCCGCGGCUUCCUCAACUUGGAUCCCGCUUCCUUCAGCGGCCUGAGAAGUCGGCUCGUCCCCUCUGCUCGGGAAAGGGGCGCAGCGGCGACGCGCGCGGAGAGGGGCCACCGUGGAAAGCUGGCCCCAGCCAAGCCAGCGCGGGCCCCUGUUGCCAAGACUCUUCUGCCUGCCGCCCCUCACCACCCAGCACCCCCUCAGUCAGGUCCUCCAGCCAGAGGACAGGGAUGGAGAGGCGCGGAGUCUGGCGCCUUGCCAGCUGUCUGGCCGUGCUCUCGCUGCUCCUGUCCCUGAGCCUGGCGCAAUACGAGAACUGGCCACACUACCCUGAGUACUUCCAGCAGCCGGCCCCCGAGUACCACCGGCCUCAGGUGCCCUCGGACGUCGCCAAGAUCCAGCUACGCCUGGCAGGCCAGAAGAGGAAGCACAGCGAGGGGCGGGUGGAGGUGUACUACAAUGGCCAGUGGGGCACCGUGUGUGACGACGACUUCUCCAUCCACGCGGCCCACGUCGUCUGCCGGGAGUUGGGAUAUGUGGAGGCCAAGUCCUGGACCGCCAGCUCCUCCUACGGCAAAGGGGAAGGGCCCAUCUGGUUGGACAAUAUCUACUGCACUGGCAAAGAGGCCACCCUCGCAGCUUGCUCCUCCAAUGGCUGGGGUGUCACCGACUGCAAGCACACAGAAGACGUGGGUGUGGUGUGCAGUGACAAAAGGAUUCCUGGCUUCAAGUUUGACAAUUCGUUGGUCAACCACAUAGAGAACCUGAACAUCCAGGUGGAGGACAUCCGGAUCCGAGCCAUCCUGGGCACCUACCGCAGGCGCACCCCCGUGACAGAGGGCUACGUGGAGGUGAAGGACGGCAAGACGUGGAAGCAGAUAUGUGACAAGCACUGGACAGCCAAGAAUUCCCGCGUGGUCUGCGGCAUGUUUGGCUUCCCUGGGGAGAAGACGUACAACACCAAAGUGUACAAAAUGUUUGCCGCCCGGAAGAAGCAACGCUACUGGCCAUUCUCCAUGGACUGCACAGGCACGGAGGCCCACAUCUCCAGCUGCAAGCUGGGUCCUCAGGUGUUGCUAGACCCCGUGAAGAAUGUCACCUGUGAGAAUGGGCUGCCAGCUGUGGUGAGUUGUGUGCCUGGCCAGGUCUUCAACCCCGACGGGCCCUCGAGAUUCCGGAAAGCCUACAAGCCAGAGCAACCCCUGGUGCGGUUGAGAGGUGGUGCCAACAUCGGAGAGGGCCGAGUGGAGGUGCUCAAGAACGGAGAAUGGGGAACCGUCUGUGACGACAAGUGGGACCUGAUGUCUGCCAGCGUGGUCUGCAGAGAGCUGGGCUUUGGGAGUGCCAAAGAGGCCAUCGCUGGCUCCCAGCUGGGGCAAGGGAUAGGACCCAUCCACCUCAAUGAGAUCGAGUGCACCGGGAAUGAGAAGUCCAUUAUAGAUUGCAAAUUCAACGCUGAGUCUCAGGGCUGCAACCACGAGGAAGAUGCUGGUGUGAGAUGUAACAUCCCUGCCAUGGGCUUCCAGAAAAAGCUGCGCCUGAACGGGGGCCGGAACCCCUACGAGGGCCGGGUGGAGGUACUGGUGGAGAGGAACGGGUCCCUCGUAUGGGGGACGGUGUGUGGUGAGAACUGGGGCAUUGUGGAGGCCAUGGUGGUCUGCCGGCAGCUGGGACUGGGCUUUGCCAGCAACGCCUUCCAGGAGACCUGGUAUUGGCACGGAAAUAUCUUCGCCAACAAAGUGGUCAUGAGUGGAGUGAAGUGCUCGGGAACGGAGCUGUCCCUGGCGCACUGCCGUCACGAUGAGGAUGUGACCUGCCCCCAGGGUGCGGUGCAGUACGGGGCUGGAGUCGCCUGCUCAGAAACUGCCCCUGACCUGGUCCUCAACGCGGAGAUUGUCCAGCAGAGCACCUACCUGGAGGACCGUCCCAUGUUCAUGCUCCAAUGCGCCAUGGAGGAGAACUGCCUGUCAGCCUCGGCUGCCCAGACCGACCCCACCACAGGCUACCGCCGGCUUCUGCGCUUCUCCUCCCAGAUCCACAACAAUGGGCAGUCUGACUUCCGACCCAAGAAUGGCCGCCAUGCGUGGAUCUGGCAUGACUGCCACAGGCACUACCACAGCAUGGAAGUGUUCACCCACUAUGACCUCUUGAACCUCAAUGGUACCAAGGUGGCAGAGGGCCACAAAGCCAGCUUCUGCCUGGAGGACACAGAAUGCGAAGGAGACAUCCAGAAGAAUUAUGAGUGUGCCAACUUCGGUGAACAGGGCAUCACCAUGGGCUGCUGGGACAUGUAUCGCCAUGACAUCGACUGCCAGUGGGUCGACAUCACUGACGUACCCCCUGGAGACUACCUGUUCCAGGUUGUCAUUAACCCCAACUACGAGGUUGCGGAGUCUGACUACACCAACAACAUCAUGAAGUGCAGGACCCGCUACGACGGCCACCGCAUCUGGAUGUACAACUGCCACAUAGGUGGUUCCUUCAGUGAAGAGACGGAAAAAAAGUUUGAACACUUCAGUGGACUCAUAAAUAACCAGCUCUCCACACGGUAAAGCACCAGGUCACCUCCUGUCUUGAGGCCACAGCGCAUCGUCCCCAACAACUGCAGUCUGACUGAUGGCCACACUCCCUCCUCGCCAGCCCCGCCCCUGCCCCAUCUCGACCCCCUGCAGCCAUGCCCAAGGCCCAGGAGAAAGGGGUGUGCCUGUCAUUUGCUGGGGGCUGCUGCCUGACCUUUGGAGCCUGAGGACGACCUCCAGGGUGGGGCUUGGCCACAGGGCCAUGGGUGCCAAGAGCCAUCUUGUCUGGGACCCCAGGAGCACGGUUAGCAGCAGAGCAUCCCACCCAAAGCACGGUCCACCUCAAGUAGGAGAGCACCCCCCUCAACUCACGACAGAUACCACGGGGCCAUGUUGGUAGUAUGAACUAUCAACCCAAGGCGGUCAGGUCGGGCUGAAUUCCAUUUGUCCUUCUCUUAGCUCAUGUCCAGCCAACUUGAAUAUCUAGACCUCUCUUCCAAUUAAACAGACUGCCUCUAUCAUAUUCACAUACACAGAUAAUGCUGCCAUGUGUUUUUCUAAUUAGGUGAGCUCAGAGUUGGUGCUUCCCCCGGUCCCCCUCCCAAAUCCUCUUAUUUUUCAAGAUACCAUUAUUAUAUUUUCACAGACUUUCAAAUACAAAGCAACUUAGUGGCAUUUAAUGGGCAUCUGGGCCUUGGAAAGUAUAGGUCAAAAGAAAAACCCAACCCACCUGUGUAAGUGGCUCAUCCUUCUGUUGUUCCAAUUCUGUGGGUUAACUGAUUCAGCGGUGCUAUAGCCAGGGUCCUGGGUGAUGAGGACACCCACCGAGCGCCAUGUGUCAUCACAGACACUUACACAUACUUGAAACUUUGAAUAAAAAGUUUAUGGUA